AUGGCGGACAAGGAAGCCACUGUUUUCAUCAUCGACCUCGGCGCGUCAAUGACCGCCACCAAUGGAGGCCGAAAAGAAUCAGACCUUGAUUGGAGCAUGAGCUAUGUGUGGGACAAGAUCAGCAAUGUUGUGGCCUCGAAUCGCAAGACGCUGUGUGUUGGCGUGGUGGGAUUCAGGACUGAUGAGACCAAUCACACGCUGGGCGAGGACGGCUACGAGAACAUCUCUAUCCUGCAGCCGCUGGGGCCGAUGACAAUGACCAGUCUCAAGAAUCUUCAGUCCAAGGUAAAACCGAGCAGGACAGUGGAGGGUGACGCCAUAUCAGCCAUUGUGGUUGCAGUCGACAUGAUUGACACCUACACGAAGAAGAAUAAGUGGAAGCGGCAGAUUUGUCUGGUUACCGACGGUCACGGAGAGAUAGACCCAGAUGACAUUGACGACAUUUCAAGGAAGAUUUGCGACUCGAAUAUUGAAUUGACAGUCUUGGGCGUUGACUUUGAUGCCCCCGAUUAUGGCUUUAAGGAAGAAGACAAGUCUUUAGUCAAGAAACAAAAUGAACAGACUCUGAAACGGCUCGUGGAUGGUUGCGGCCAAGACUCAAGAUUUGCUUCCAUAGUCGAAGCUAUCGAUGACAUGAACGAACCACGAGCAAAAUCAGUCAAGCCGUACAAGACAUACGACGGCCUCUUGACCUUGGGAGAUCCGAAAAACGCCCCCGCGGUGGUGGACAUCCGCGUUGAGAGAUAUUUCAAGACCCAUCUCGCCAGACCACCAACAGCCAGCACUGUGGUGGUCAAAGAGGAGCAAGCUGGACCAUCGGAGGCGGCUGAUGAGGAGCAGAUGGAUGGCGUGGAGCUUACAGCCGUUAAGCAGGCCAGAACAUACAAGGUCAAUGAUCCAGAUGCCCCUGGCGGGAAACGUGAUGUUGAAUUUGAGUCUCUGGCCAAGGGGUAUGAGUAUGGCAGGACUGCAGUUCACAUCAGCGAGUCCGAUCACAACGUCACCAAGCUAGAGACGCAGAAGAGCUUCAAGAUUAUUGGCUUUGUACAAAAAGAAAAGUAUGAGUUGCUGCUUAACCUUGGCGAAACUUGCGUCACCAUUGCAGCCAAAUACGACGAGAAGUCGGAGUUGGCAUUUAGCUCUCUGGUGUGGGCGCUUUCGGAGCUUGACUCGUACGCCGUGGCCCGCCUGGUGACCAAAGAUGAAAAAGAGCCUAUUAUGGUGUUACUGAUGCCUCACAUGGAGCCCAAUUACGUUUGCCUAUACGAUGUGCCUCUACCGUUUGCGGAAGACAUUAGGACGUAUCAGUUCCCUCCAUUGGACAGAGUUGUUACUGUCAGUGGCCAAACACUCACCAGUCACCGCUUAUUGCCAUCAGAUGAGCUCAAUCAGGCAAUGAGCGAUUACGUGGAUGCCAUGGAUAUUUCAACUUAUGGAAUUGAUGAAGAAGGGGAGCCUGCGGAAUAUGCCACCAUCGAAGAAAUAUACAACCCCGCAAUCCAUCGUACCAACCAUGCGAUCAAGCAGCGAGCAGUCCAUCCAGAAAAACCAGUUCCGGAAAUCCCCCCUGUCUUGCUUAGAUUCGCAGCUCCUCCGACGGAGCUAGUUGAGACGGUGCAGGCCAAGAUUGACUCUCUGGUUCAGGCUGCAGAUGUAAAGAAAGUGCCACCCAAGGCUAAGGGUAAACGUCAAAGAGAAACGGUUAAACCCAUCUCCGGGCUAGAUGUGGAUGCCCUCUUGGGCGAAGAAAAGAAGGGAUCAAUUAGUCCUGAAAAUGCAAUUCCCGAUUUCAAGCGAGCCUUGAACUCGUCAGAAGAGGUGGAGCAGAUUGCUGAUGCGACAAAGCAGAUGGCAGCCAUUGUUCGAUCUCUUGUUACGGACAGCUUUGGGGAUAGCAAAUACGCCCAAGCAAUGGAGGGCAUCGGGGCGAUGCGAGAGGAGCUCACAAACCUGGAAGAGCCCGGUCUGUACAACGACUUUGUGCGCGACCUGAAGAAGAGUUUACUUUCUGGGGCUCUGGGUGGCGACAGGAGAGACUUUUGGUUCAAGUUGCGAUGGGCGAAACUCGGACUGAUUGACAAGAAGCAGUCAGAGGCCUCGACGGUUACUCCGGAGGAGGCAGAUGAGUUUUACAAGUCAAGGUGAAGGUGGCAGACGGAGUUGCAUUUAUGUUGGUCGAGCGGGCAGCAUGUAGAUGGGCCAUGUAGCACUGAAAGACUGGAAAGGUGAUAAUUGAACAUGUAAUUAUAUGAUGAUGACGAAUAGAUGAAGACAAGGCAAGGCAAGGCCAGGUAAUACUACACAUGUGCCCCCUUGGCAGGAUCAAAAAUUGCACCACUG